UUAGAAGAAAUUAGAAGACUUUUUUGUUAGGCGUUUUAAAGACAGCGUUUACAGUGUUAAGAUACUUGGUAACUUGUAUGGGUUUUUUUGGUGGUGGGGUUUGUUUUUUUUUUUUUUUUGACAUUCGUUAGUUCUUUGAAUAUCAUAUGCAAUUUUGAGAGUAGUUCUUUAAACCACUUGCAGUUCUGUGUUAUCAUCUCUUAAUGCUUUGUUAUACCCGUUUUUAUUCUGGAUAGCCAAUGUUCUGUAAGUGUUUCGUCAUUAAUUCCUACAGGCAAAAGCUGUGUGCCACUUUUUUACAGUGUUCACCUUCCCAAGAUGUUAAAGUAGUUUCUACCAACUUAACUCUGUUAUUUUUAUGAUCUCUUGAGCUAGUCGGUUUGUAGUGACGGUAGUUGCCAGUUUUUACAUCCAGAGGUCUGGUGCAGAAAGGAUUGAUGAUACUUUUGGGAAACUGCCUAUAUGAUUAAAUGAAUUCCUGUGAGAGUGUCUUCUAUAAGUAUUUGCACUGCGGAUUAGAGCUUCAGUUUUAUGUCAGACUCUUUGAGACUUGUCUUGAGAUCUGGUUAAAUUGGCAAAACCAUAGGGUGGAUCACUUUAUAAGGCAAUGCAGGAAGAAUAGCUGCCUCAGUUUCCAAAUACGUGAGGUUAAAUUGUCUCUAGCCUUUAACAAUGAGUGUUGUGUAGUUAUAUUUGGCAUGACUAAUAACCCAGAAUCUAAUGAUUAAAGAGGAAGAACCUGAUAAUUAAAUGGGAAGAAAAUACUUUAACAAGGGCAGAACACGUGAAGAUCUUAAUCUCCUUGAAGAUUGCUGAUUUAAACACCAUAGAGGCACAAGAGAAAAGAAAGAAAGAAAAACAAACCCAGAUAAUUGAGAAUGUACUAUAUUACGUUUAUUUCAUAAUCUGAAAGAAGAAUAGCAUUUGGAAUAAUGGCAACAGGAGACCUAAAAGGAAGUUUAAGAAAAAUAGAACAAGGACUUCGCUUGUUAAAUUAUCCAAGAGAUGUGGAUUAUACAGUGUUAGUAAAGGGUGAUCCAGCUGCAUUUUUACCUAUCAUCAGCUAUUCUUUUACAUCUUUUUCAACUUACAUAGCAGAACUUUUGGUAAAGUGCAAUGUGGAACUCACAGCAAAGAGUGACUUGCGUUUUAUUGAAGCUAUUUAUAAGCUUCUUCGAGAUCAAUUUCACUAUAAACCAAUUUUAACAAAGCAGCAGUUUCUUCAGUUUGGCUUUGCAGAAAGAAAAAUGCAGAUUGUUUGUGACAUUAUCAACUGUGUGGUGAAAAAACAUAAAGAAUUAAGUAACUCGAAUAAGGUUAAAUCCCAAACGAGGAAAAAACUCAGAUCUUUUAAAUAUGAAGUAUGGUCAAAUUGUGAUAAUGUCCUUGCUGAUCCUAGUGGCAGUGGUCUGAAUUCCAAACAGCCUCAAGUAGAACGGCACUCAGGAAAUGAAGUUAAUGGUGACCUUCAUCCACUACCCCUUCCAGCACAGGGAGGUAAUGAAGAAGAAUUGUACCUAGAUCGUGAUGUUGUGGAAGUUAAAUGUGAACAAGUCAUAGAAGAUAAUUCUCAGAUUGAGUUCCUAAAGAGUCAGCUCGCUGAUUGCCAGGAAAAGCUUCAUAAGCUAGAUUGGAUGGAAGAUAAACUAUGUGUUUUAGAAGAGAAACUGAAAGGAAAGGUGAUCAUAGAUGAGAAGGACUGGAAUAACUUGUUGAGUCGAGUGUUGCUUCUUGAAACAGAACUUUUGUUGCAAUCCAGAAAGAGAGACUUACCUACAGAGUUCAGCAAUGUAAGUCAAGAAUGUACUUCUAGUAGGAUUCCAGUUUCUCCUGGUACAGAGAGGAAGGAGGAGAUGCCAGAGAGUCUUCAUCAGUGGUCUGGAUACAGUUCACUAUUAUCCACAGACCCAUCUCCCAAAGCCAUGACCAUUAAUUCUCAUGAUCUGACAGAUGUUUCAAAGGAGACAACAAGACAAAGAAUGGAAAGGAUAAGUAAAAUAAUUGAAGAAACCUCAGAAUUGUUGAAAACAUCAAGCAACACCUCUGAGAAGACCUGAAAGCACAGGUCUUCAGACCUGGUCCCUGUAGACUUAUGGAUAUCAGAACUAAUAUGUAUGUUUGUACAGCGUUAAAUUUUUAAUAUAUCAAAUUUGUUAUGACCACCAGUCCUUUUAUUACUUUGAAUAAAUAUUUUUCUCUAA